UGUGUAUGUGUCCAUCAGUGUGUCAUCAUCUUUCUUAGGAUUCCCACCCACAGUUUCAGGAGAACUUCACUCAGACGUCCAUCCCUGUGUGGAGUGGAGUCAAUUCUUUUUUCUCUUUAAGCCCGGCAGGAUCAGCAGCAGGCCUCCACCGUCAGAAACUCAGAACAGAGCUAAACAUUCAUCAGGAUUAGACGAUGAGGAGCAGAGUGGGGCUGUAUGUGCUGGGCCUGCUGUGCCUCCACAGCUCAGUCUUUGGACAGGAGGUGUUGGACGUCCAGCCCGGCAUCCUGAUCUUCUGUGACGACCCAUCUGUGAAGAUAGCCGUCAACAGCGCUGUGAGCAAGUUCAACAAGAGGCUGAGCACUGGAUACAAGCUGGCCCUCUUCCAGAUACUUACAGCCAGCAAGUCAAAGAAUGGCUCAGACUCGGUGUACUCACUGCAGUUCACCAGCAGGAGGAGUGACUGUCCAGCUGGGAGCGGCAAACCCUGGACAGAAUGCAACUAUCUGCCUAAUAGACGCAAGGAGCCAAUUUCAUGCAAUGCCACAGUCUACAUGACAGACCACUUAGCAGACACUAAACAGGUGGAUUGCCUGCUCGACGAUUACAUUAUUCCAGUGAGAGCUACCUGUUUGGGCUGUCCUCAGCAGAUUGAUCCCUACUCAGAGGACCUUAAGGUUCCUCUUUCCAUCUCCAUCUCCAAGUAUAACUCCUUGUCCAACUCUACUCACCUGUUCGCCCUGCACAGUGUCGGCCACGCCACCAGACAGGUGGUCGCAGGCUUCAGAUUCAAGCUGAGGUUUGAUAUGAAGAAGACCACCUGCCCCAAGGACGAACACAAAGACCUCAACGAUCUGUGUGUCCCAGAUGAAGAGAAUUUGGAGUUUGCUAACUGUAACUCUACAGUGGAUGUAGCACCAUGGAGAUUUGAGGUCCCACAGGCACAGAUAGUAUGUGAACCAGGGAUAAUGCCUACCACGUUUAUCACCAGGCGCCGCCCUCCUGGCUGGUCUCCACUCAGGAACUUUCUAUAUGAUGUUCAAUCUCCAGCUCAAUCUCCAUCUCCAACCACACUACCCCUGACUAAGGCUUCAGCCAAAGAAGAAUCUUCUGAGGAGGACACCACAGUCUCCAAACCUUCCAUCUCCCCUGACGUGGCCGCAGAACCUGUGAUUGACAGCCCCUUCUACUGCCCGUCCAAGCCUUGGAAACCUUUCAAUGAGGCCAAUCCUGCGAUGCCUGCAGCUCCUACGAAGGCUGCCACAGAGGAGGCCGCCACUCUGCCCUCAGCAGACUGGACCUUCAGUGAUUCAGACCUGGCGGCAUAAAUUUAUCCUCAAGGGAACCACAUUUAUAUUCAAAAUAAUCUCACUUGUCACACUCUUCCAACAGAUUUUGUUUUGUUUCGUCCUCUAUUAUAUUGGGUGGCAUUGCAGGGAUUUUUGGAGGAACAUCUCUAUGAGUUUUAUGCGGAUUUAAAAAGCAAAAGGGUUAAUUUAAUAAAAUAACCAGUUAAGGGGACAAAGGAGAAAGCAACCUUUUUCCGAUGCCAUGUAACUCCUCGGGAAGCAUUGG